UCCCGAACCCAAGGUUUAGGGUUUAGGGACCCUCUGCCGCCAUCCAUUCGCCGGUCGCCGACCUCACAGGGUCCUGCAGCCGCCGCCUCGUAUCAGGAGACGCCGUCGCCCACCUCCGGAAGCUGCCGCCGGCGCCGCGGGACCAGCGGAGGGCACGGACGCCGCGCAGGAGGCUUGAGCGCCCGCCGCCAUGGCGCCGCCGCGAGGCGACAGGAAGAAAGGGAAGCCCCCCGGCAAGCCCGACUUGCGCCCUGACCGCAAGCAGUUCAAAAAGCACCGCGAGGAGGUGAAGGCCGAGCAGGCGGAGGACGGAGAGCAGCCGCAGCAGCAGCAGCCCGGUUCCGCCGCUCUCCUUGCCGCCGCCGCCGACGAAGCUGACUUCCCGAGAGGGGGACGCAGUCUCCUUAGCAGGGAUGAGGUGGCGGAGGCCCGUGCGGAGGCCGAGGCGGACUUCGAGAAAGAGGGGAGGAAGGGUAGGGGGAAGACGAAGAGGAAGGGUGGCGAGUCGUCUGGUUUUGACGCGGAUGAUGACUUAGGGACACUCUUCGGCGGGGCCACAACCGGGAAGCUCCCACGAUUUGCUAAUCGCAUCACCCUGAAGAAUAUUUCACCAAAUAUGAAGGUCUGGGGUGUUGUAAUUGAGGUUAACCCAAAAGAUGUUGUAGUAAGUCUUCCUGGUGGAAUGAGAGGGUUUGUUUGCUCAGAGGAUGUGUGCGACAUUGCUUCGCAUGCAAAUCUUAAGGAUAGUGAGCACAGUAUAUGUGCUGAAGUUGUACAUGUUGGUCAGCUUGUUCCUUGUAUUGUCCUACGAGUUGAUGAUGAUAAGAAAGAAGGUAAAGUAAACAGACGGGUCUGGUUAUCAUUGCGACUAAGCCUACUGUACAAGGGCCUUUCUCUGGAUGCUCUGCAGGAAGGAAUGGUACUUACUGCCCAAGUGAAAAGUGUUGAGGACCAUGGUUACAUUCUUCAUUUCGGAGUAUCCUCCUUUAGUGGAUUUAUGCAAAAGACUGACAAAGAAAAUGUGAAGAUUGAAAGCAGACAACUGAUACAAUGUAUGGUGAAGGCCAUCGAUAAAACUCGGGCUAUUGUUCACUUGAGUUCUGAUAAAGACUUGCUUUCUAAAUCUAUUAUUAAAGAUCUGAAAGGCCUUUCUAUUGAUCAUUUGAUUCCUGGCAUGAUGAUUAAUGCACGUGUUCAUUCAGUGCUUGAAAAUGGAGUCAUGUUAUCAUUUCUUACUUAUUUCAGUGGAACAGUUGAUAUUUUUAACUUGUCGAACUCCUUCCCCUCUGGUAAUUGGAAAGAUGAUUACAGUAAGAAUAAGAAGGUAAAUGCCCGUAUCCUAUUUGUUGAUCCGUUAACAAGAGCAGUUGGGCUUACAUUGAACGAACAUUUACUUCGUCUGAAAGUGCCUCCUAUUAAUGUGAAGGCUGGAGAUAUCUAUGAGAAAUCAAAGGUGCUGAGGAUAGAUAAAAGGGCUGGUCUUUUUCUUGAAAUACCUUCUCCAACUCGAUCACCUGGAUUUGUUAGUAUACAUGAUGUAUCAGACAAGGAUGUGAAGAACUUGGAGAAGAAGUUUAAAGAAGGCAGCAUCUUACGUGUCCGUGUACUUGGAGUGAGGCAUCUUGAAGGAGUUGCAUUAGGCACCGUAAAAGAGAGUGCUUUUGAAGGGUCUGUAUUCACUCAUGCUGAUGUUAAACCUGGAAUGUUAGUGAGAGCUAAGGUUGUUACUGUUGAGCCAUUUGGUGCUAUUGCGCAGUUUCCCAGUGGUGUGAAAGCACUUUGCCCGCUUCCACACAUGUCAGAGUUGGGACAUGUUGUAAAACCACCAAAGAAAUUUAAGGUUGGAACUGAACUACUUUUCCGUGUAUUGGGCUGCAAAUCCAAGAGAAUAACAGUGACAUUCAAGAAGUCUCUGGUCAAAUCAAAACUUGAUGUGUUAGCCUCAUAUGCUGAUGCUAAAAUCGGUUUAGUAACUCAUGGAUGGAUUACUAAAAUCGAAAAGCAUGGUUGCUUUGUGAAAUUCUACAACGGAGUUCAGGGUUUUGUUAGCAGACCUGAGCUUGGAUUAGAGGCAGGCACUGAAGCAGAAAGUGUUUAUCAUGUCGGGCAAGUGGUCAAAUGUAGAAUUGUCAGUGUGGACCCUGCUUCAAGGAAAAUAAAUGUUAGUUUUCUCAUCUCCCCUAAUAGGGUUAUUCAAGCUGACACUGCAAAGUUGGGUAGUAUUGUCUCUGGUGUUGUGGAGCGGCUUACUCCUGCAGCUGUUGUUGUCAGUGUAAAUGGCUUCUCCAAGGGAACAAUACUAAAUGAACAUUUGGCAGAUCAUCAUGGUCAAGCUGCUCAGUUGAAGAAUUUGCUGAAACCUGGACACGAGUUCAACCAACUCUUAGUUCUUGCAGAUAUUGAAGGCCAUAAUUUAGUUCUUUCAGCAAAGCACUCACUUAUCAAUAACGCAAAUGACAUUCCUUCCGACAUGUUGCAGAUGCAUGCUGGAGCUGUAGUUCAUGGUUAUAUUUGUAACAUCAUUGAAGCUGGUUGUUUUGUUCGCUUUCUUGGACAUCUGACUGGUUUCUCUCCCAAGGACAAAGCAGUUGAGAGGCCGAUAGAAAAGCUUUCCAAUGCGUUCUAUGUGGGCCAGUCAGUUCGGAGUCAUAUCCUCAAUGUAAAUGCAGAAUCUGCUAGAGUAAAACUAUCACUUCAACAGUCUAUGUGCUCCUCGUCAGAUUCUUCAUUUGUUCAAGGAUACUUUCUUUUGGAUCAAAAGAUUUCGGCAUUGAAGUACUCAAGCCAUGAUUGGGCGAACACUUUUGGCAUUGGUAGCUUGGUUAAGGGGGAGGUGGGAGCAAUAGAAGAAUAUGGUAUUAUCCUUAAUUUCAAAGACCAUCCGGAUGUUGUUGGUUUAAUUGAACAUCAUCAACUCAGUGACAGUAUUGUAGAAGUGGGAUCUUCUGUGAAGGGUCUUGUUUUGGAUUUAUCUGAUGGAGUUGUUAAUUUAUCCCUUAAACCAGAACUCGUUAGCAGUGUCAGGAGUGGUGGAACAAAGAAGAAACGUCACAGGGCUGCAGUUGCAGACUUGGUGCUUCAUGAGGAAGUGAGUGCAAUUGUGGAAACAGUCAAAGAGAGCUAUGUGAUUCUUUCCAUCCCUGAGUAUAACUAUGCAAUUGGUUUUGCACCAUUGAUGGAUUACAACUCACAACUGCUUCCCCACCACCACUAUGAUAAUGGACAACGCAUUACUGUUGUUGUUGGUAGUAUACCAAGUUCUGACCCUUCUGGAAGACUUAUCCUACUCCCAAAGGCAUCAGUCCAGGAUUCUGGUCUCUUUGGUUCUAAAAGGGCUAAGAAGAAAUCUGACUGCAAAGUUGGGUCACUUGUUGAAGCAGAGAUUAUUGAUAUCAAGCCGCUUGAACUUCUACUGAAAUUUGGUGUCAAUCUUCAUGGAAGAAUUCAUAUUACCGAGGUCCUUGAAGAGGAUUCUGAUGAGCAUCCCUUUAGUAAACUCAAAAUCGGGCAAAUGAUUAGUGCCAGGAUUGUUGCAGAAGCUGAACCUUCUGGAAAGAGUGGCAAAAAUUUCAAGUGGGAACUGUCUAUUAGACCGUCUAAGCUUAAGAGAGAGUUUGAAGAUUUAACUGCUCGUAAAGCAGAAUUAAAUCACUCCGUUAAUGGCAUUGUGCGUGCUUAUGUUGUCAAGGUUGACAGUGAAUGGGUCUGGUUAACUGUGUCAAGAACUGUUAUGGCCCAUUUAUUUAUUCUUGACAGUUCUUCCGAGCCCAGCGAACUGAAAGAGUUCCAAAAGCGCUAUAGUAUCGGCCAAGCAAUGAAAGGGCGCAUUAUCGGUGUGAACAGAGAGAAAAGGUUGCUUAGGCUGAAAGCACUUGAUAACCAAGGCGUGCCAGAGAAUAUAUAUGAAACACAACAAUCAGUAUCCCCUACAGCUGAACAUACAAAGCAAGGAGAUAUCAUUGGUGGACGCAUUCAAAAGAUUCUACCUAGUGUUGGUGGGCUUGUCAUCCAGAUUGGACCUCAUCUUCAUGGAAGGGUUCAUUAUACUGAAAUUGUUGACUCAUGGGUGCCAGAACCCCUGUCUAGAUUCCAUGAAGGCCAGUUUGUGAAGUGCAAAGUCCUGGCUGUAAGCCGCUCAUCCGAAGGAUCUCUUCGAGUUGACCUUUCGCUCCGCCCAUCAAACCUAUGCACAGAUUCUGGCCGCUCAAGACUAUUUGAUGAUUCGGCAACUUAUACCCCUCGGAUUGAGAAUAUCGAUGACCUGUGCUCUGGAACAGAGAUUGAGGGCUAUGUGAAGAAUGUUAAUUCCAAAGGAUGUUUUAUUAUGCUUUCUCGAAUGGUUGAUGCUAGGAUCAUUUUGUCAAAUUUAUCAGAUCAAUAUGUUGAAAAUCCCCAGAAAGAUUUCCCGGUUGGAAUGCUUGUACAUGGAAGGGUCUUGUCUACGGACCCAUCAUCUGGGAAGGUUGAGGUAUCACUUAGGAAGAGCACUGGUAGCAAAUCAGAAACGUUGUACGAUAUUAGCUAUAGUGAUUUGCAUGUAGGGGACAUUGUUGAUGGUCAAGUUAAGCGGGUUGAAUCCUAUGGAUUAUUUGUGACCAUUCAGAGCAGUGAAUUGGUGGGUUUGUGUCAUGUAUCAGAACUUUCUGAUGAACCAGUUGUUGAUAUUAACUCUUGCUACAAAGCUGGUGAUAUGGUUAAAGCCAAAAUUUUGAAGAUUGAUGAGAAACGUCACCGAGUAUCCCUUGGAAUUAAGAAAUCUUACUUUGAUUCUGAUAUGACUGAUGGUACAAAUGAUGAUGAUGAAAAUGAAACUAUUCCUAUGGACAUCAGUCAUGCCCCUCAGAUGGCUGGAUAUCACAACAGGGCUUUAGUUAUUCCCAAAGCAGAACCCAGGGCUUCUGUGCUGCCUCUUCAGGUUUCCUUGGAUGAAUCUGAAGAUUCUGACCAAGAGGAUGAUAAUAAAUGUCAAGAAAUUGCUAAUGGAAUUGAAGCAAAUGCUAAAAAGAGUGAGAAGCGAUUAAAGGAGAAGGCGAGGAAACAAAGGGAAUUAGAAAUCAGUGCCUUGGAGGAAAGGGCUUUACAGCAAGAUAUACCACAAACUCCAGAUGAAUUCGAGAAGUUGGUCAGGAGCUCUCCAAAUAGUAGUUUUGUAUGGAUAAAGUAUAUGGCAAGUUUGUUAGAUCUUGCAGAUGUUGAGAAAGCACGAGCAGUAGCUGAAAGGGCUUUGAAAACAAUACACAUCAGAGAAGAGGAGGAGAAACUUAAUGUUUGGGUAGCAUACUUUAAUCUGGAAAAUGAAUACGGGAGUCCUCGGGAGGAUGCUGUCAAGAAGAUAUUCCAAAGAGCCUUGCAAUACUGUGAUCCCAAGAAGGUGCACUUGGCUCUUCUUGCAAUGUACGAGAGGACUGAACAGUACCAACUGGCAGAUGAACUUCUUGAUAGAAUGACCAAAAGAUUCAAAACUUCCUGCAAGAUCUGGUUAUGUCGUAUUCAAUUUUCCCUCAAACAAGGCAAGGACAUUGAGCACAUCAAAUACAUCGUAAACCGUGCGCUUCUAAGUCUGCCACAGAGGAAGCGAAUAAAGUUCCUCACGCAGACAGCUAUUCUAGAAUUCAAGUGUGGGGUGCCUGAAGAAGGACGAUCCCGAUUUGAACUUAUCUUACGGGAAUACCCGAAAAGAACAGACCUUUGGAGUGUUUACCUAGACCAAGAAACCCGCCUUGGUGACACAGAAGUUAUACGGGCAUUAUUUGAUAGGGCAACUUGUCUUACCCUACCUCCAAAAAAGAUCAGGUUCUUGUUCAAAAAGUACCUGGAAUUCGAGCAGUCACACGGUGACGUGGAAAGAGUGGAGCAUGUGAAGCAGAAGGCAAGGGAAUAUGUUCAGACUUCACUAGCCUAACGUCGUGGAUCCCUGUGAACUUCAGUGGCUAGUGUGGCUGUGAAUCUUUGCUUCCGGGGAGCGAAUGCUGAUGCGCUGCCAGAAUCGAGAUUGCUGCAGAUACGUGAAGACUGGUUAUCCCACGGAUGGUCCAGGUACACAUUUUUGGUCAUGAUGCCGGUAGUACAUACGAUGAGAUCUAUCUGACGUGCUGCAGCUUGUGUGCAGUCGGCAAUUGACAUACCUCUUGAACAUUAUUGUGAAAACUUCGAUGGGAAAUGCGGACUAUACAAAAUUUUGUUGGAAAACCGUUGUAAACUUUUUGAAGCA